AUGAGACUCUUCCCGCUCAACGUCCGCCACUCUGGCGUCUUCACCUCUUUACUCUUCUUUUCCUUCCUUUCGUUUUCCUCCGAAUUCAGUUUUGAUCUGAAGGAGCUGCGGAACAAAGUUGCCAGAAUCAAAGUGAUCCCCAGAGGGAACCUGUGGGCCACAGGUCAUUUUAUGGGCAAAAAGAGUGUGAUGGAGACUCCUCUUCUGCCAGAAGCGGAGGAGGCGCUCUCCUCCCGGCAGGGGGCGCUGGCGGAGCUACUCCUGAAUUUUCUACGUGACGUGUUGGAGUCACAAGAAAGGCGCUCUAAAAGUCAGGAGGCAGAGCUGCUGAUGAAGAUCAUGGAGAGCUACCAUCGGAGCCGGGAAUGA